AUGUCUGGGAAUUACUUGGAGCUUUUCUGGGAACUACUGGAGGUCAAGAACUUGGAGCAGCUGAGAAGCAGCGUCCCAGACGACUUUGAUUGGACCGUCCUGCAUCCCACAUUAAAAACCACAGUCCUUCUUGAAGCUUUGAUUCCUUUCCCCGAUGAUCCAAUGAAGGAAGCACACUGCCUGAACCUCAUUGAGUGGCUUGUGAAAGCUGGAGCCAAUUAUUCGCAGAAGAGUGGUGCCUCAACUCUUGCGUAUUCAAUGUGGAAAACAGACGACCCAAGCACAGAGCUUUCAGUCCGCUACAAGGGCCAUUCAGCUCUUUCCUUUGUCGCAGCUUGGAGGGAGGAGUUCAAAGGGAAAGACAACCUGUGGGAAUGUGAGGAGCGCUUCCUUGUGAAAGUCGUCGACGCGAUUUCAAGAGCUUCCAGCCAGCGGCAGUCUACGCGGCGUAGAGUGAUUGUGGAUGAAGGUAUCCUGGAGAACUGGGAGGAGUUUUUACAUGCCACAGAGUCUCACGACCUGACCAUUGAAGCUGCCGAUGGCUGCGUGACAGCUCACGGUCAGAUGCUCAAACAAGCGUCUCCAGUGGUCCAGGCCAUGCUGGGAUCGCCCAUGAAAGAACGUCAGGCUCAGCAAAUCCAGCUGAGAGACACCAGCAGCAGUGCAGUCAGAUUAGUAUUGGAAACGCUCUACACAUGUUCCUCACAAAGUGAUCCGGAUUACAAGACUGCACUGUCAGCCUUGGACCUGGCUCAUCGAUGGCAGAUGGAGGUGGUGGUAGCAAUCCUUUCAGAUCUGGUCGCAGAGCUGAUCACAGCAGAAAGCUUCGCUGCGAUUGCAGAACAUGCAGCCUUGAAGGGCUUGGACACCCUCAAGAAGGCUUGCCAAAGCUUCGGAUCUCAAAAUGCUGCCAUUCAGGCACAGAUCAAGAAAGAUCAAUUUCCGAAGGCUGUCCUGGACCUGUUCAGUGGCAGCGCUACGCCAGCUGGGAACCCGCAAAGCUCUAGGGGAAAGGAGCUCAAAAAGGAAGAGGCCAUCGCCAUGGCACAUUCCGAUCAGCUGAAGGGGAUGAUGCUCUUCCAAUUUAAUCCGCAUUGGGAAUGCUUCAAGCCGCAAAAUGCAGAGGGGUGUGGCAGACAAGCCAUGGCUCUGGUCACCGAGCUGUUGCAGAGACACAACGUGGACUUGGCAAAUGUCGUGGAGCUGCCGGAAUCCUACAAGCCUCCAAAGGGCUGGUCGAUGAAUUGUCGCCCUGGUGGCGGUGGUGAUACGACUUGUAUCAUUUGGAGGAGCAACAAAUGGGAAGUGAUUGGCCCCUCCACCGAGUGCUGGUUUGGAAGGGGCCGCUCUUGCAAUGUAAUGACGUUUGAGCACGUUGCUACCAAGUUCAAAGUGAGUCUGGCGGGCGCACAUUUCCCACAUGGUGCUGGAACUAGCUGGUACAGCGAAUUCCUGGGAAUUCUCGGUAUGAACCUGCACAAAUCCAAGAACGUCACUGAGAAGGUCAUCAUCCUGGCAGAUUCCAAUGCUGGGCUCCACCAGAAGUCAGAUUUCAGCAUCCUCACCGAGACUGGUGUGUUGCUUCCGCAUGUCAAGGCCCCACAGAUGUGGUACAGCUACAGGACCUGUUGCAACAACAUUGGCUACCACGGCUUUUUCGACCGUAUCAUUGCAAACUUCGGAUCCAAAUUGGAGCUGGUGAAAGAUGAAGUCUAUGAGAAACAGAGCAAUGGCUACAAAUCUACUCCGGCCUUUGCACGAGUGAACUUGCCAAAGAGCGGAACUUGGGGCGAAUACCAUCAACCCAUCUUGGGCUACCUAAGUCUGGCGUUUGCCAGCUUCUGGUGGCCGAAAAGCAUAUAG